UGUGUGUGUGUGUGUGUGUGUGUGUGUGUGUGUGUGUGUGUGUGUGUGUGUGUGUGUGGAGAGGAGACCGCUCUGCUUCUGCGUCUCAAUCAGCUCUCCUUCAUCCAGCGCUCUCUCUCUCUCUCUCUCUCUCUCUCUCUCUGAUCCUCGUCCAUCAGCACUGCAGGAUCAUGAAUGGUGAUUAAUAAAGAACGCCAGGUCCAGUGGGGAGAGUACGGAGCCGUUAGUAGAGUGUGUGUGUACGUGACCCUGGCCCCAUGAUGAUGAUGAAAGGCCUUUCCAGCAGCCGCAGCCACCAUCACAUGGUGGCCUGCGAGCCUUCGUAUGACCCUAUGGGUCACCACGGUGAUCGCAAGCCCUACCUCAUCAGCCAGAUCGAGGCUCCACCUCCUCCUGAUCAUCCGUAUUACUCGUCGCGGAGCUCGUACCAGCCGGACUGUGUGGUGCCUUAUGGGACCUUCCCACGACGCCACUACAGCACAAGCCAUGAAUCUAAGGAUGAGUGUGCUGUCGUGCCCUACACGGGUGGAAUGGGGCCUGCGGGAAAAUGCCAACGAGUGCCAGUUAACCUGCUGGAACAUCUGGAUCGGCAGCUUCCAAUGGCACGGGAUGGCUAUCACACGUUGCAGUAUAAACGGGCAGCAGCUGCUGCAGCUGCUUUAGAGCAGCGUAAUGAUAGUCCUGGGCGUAUCCGGCACUUGGUGCACUCGGUGCAGAAACUUUUUACCAAGUCACACUCGUUAGAGGGGCCUCACCACGGCGGACAUGGGCAUGGACAUGGUAAGACCAGUAUGAAUGGAAGCAAAGCUAGUCCAGAUGGAGAGAACACGCCGGCGCCAACACCACGGCAACGCAAGAGGAGCAAGAGCCGUGAGCGCUGCAAAUCAGCCGAGCCCAAGCAGCGGACUCCACCCUCGGGAUACUGGAGCUCGGACGAGCUGGAGCGGGAUGUCUGCCCUCUGCGCCAUGCCGCGCCAGGCAUCAUGACCGUGGGGCGUCACCCGGAGCGGGCACAGUCUCAGUACUUCCUGGAGGCAUGCGGAGCAGAGCCAACGCUGAAGAACUCGCGCAGCAGCAGUGAUGUGGCCAAGUGCACGACGUGCGCUAUCACGGCACCAGGCACAGACGUGGCACAGCUGGCGAAGAAGAGUGCGUGGUCGUCCUCUCUCACGGUGAGCAGGGCGCGCCAGGUGUACCAGCAGGCCGCUGUAAAUCUAGAUAAGGCGCUAGUGAAAGCAGAAGCUUGUCAGCAGGAGCGCACAUGCCAAUUCUUGCAGGUGCCUCAGGAUGAGUGGGGGGGUUUCCCCAUGGGCAAGGAAGAGGACAUCCCGUGCAGGCGCAUGCGCAGCGGAAGUUACGUUAAAGCCAUGGCCGAGGACGACAGCGGCGACUCGGAUGGAAGCCCCAAACCGUCGCCCAAGAUGCAGGCGAGACGAGCCAGCUACCUCAAAGCCACGCAGCCGUCACUCACCGAGAUGACCACGCUCAAUAUUUCUACAGAACACUCUCCGAAGCUGCAGAUCAGGAGUCACAGCUAUCUGCGAGCCGUCAGCGAAGUUUCCAUCAACAGAAGUAUGGAGAGUCUGGAUCCUAAAGCUCUUCUCGCCUCGCCUCAAUACCGCUCACGCAACGAGAGCUACAUGAGGGCUAUGAGCACCAUUAGCCAGGUGAGCGAGGUGGAGGUGAACGGUCAGAUCGAGGCUGUGUGUGAAAGCGUCUUCAGCGAGAUGGAGUCUCAGGCAGUGGACGCUCUGGACUUGCCGGUUCCCGGAUGUUUCCGGAUGCGGAGUCACAGCUACGUACGUGCCAUCGAUCAGGGCUGCUCGCAGGACGAGGAUGGACCGUUACUGCCCGCAUCACCACCACGGACCACCACCACGGUCCGGACCAUUCAGAGCAGCACAGUGUCAUCGUGUAUCACCACCUAUAAGAAGACGCCUCCACCGGUGCCUCCGCGCUCCUCCACCAAACCCUUCAUCAGCAUCACGGCUCAGAGCAGCACCGAGUCGGCGCAGGACGCCUACAUGGAUGGUCCGGGUCAUCGCCAUGGCGACACGGCACUGCACUCUGCCCUCAGUAACUCCACAGAGAGUAUCGACAGCAUGAAGGCUCUGACGGCUGCCAUCGAGGCGGCGAACGCGCAGGUGCACGGCCCCGCAAGCCAACACGUCAGCUCCAGCAGCAACGCCGGCCCCUCCUCGCCCCUCUCCAUGCCCCUGCCCCUCCCCCUGCCCCUCCCGGUCCCCGUCCCCGUCCCCGUCCAGGUCCCCGCACUGGAGGACGCACACAGAGAAGCUCUCCGCAAGGGCCGGUGUCUCUCCAUCGGCAUACAGGUGGAUGGCCCUGAAGAGCAGGAGACAGAGGACCAGUCGAAGUUUCAGUCAGUAGGGAUCCAAGUUGAGGACGAGAGAAGCCAUCGUCGGAUCAUGCGCUCCAACAGCGUGACGGCGGCAGUGCAGGCCGACCUGGACAUGCCCGAUUUCUCUCCGACCGAGUCUCCAGACGCCGACAUCACCUUCUCUCGGGACGCCACAGCCUCCACGGUGAGCAUCCAGGGCUCGGGGAACCACUACCACGCCUGCGCCUCGGACGACUACGCCUCUGUGGGCUUCGACCCGUCCGUGCUGCCGCCUCCCGAGCCCUGGGUGGACAGCGGCAUUCCUGAGGACCCGCUCCAGAGCGCACGGAGCCGCUCGGUGUGUCAGCGUGACGGACGCUGGUUCCUCAAACUGCUGCAGGCCGAAGCCGAGCGCAUGGAGGGAUGGUGCAGGCAGAUGGAGCAGGAGGAGCGGCACAAUGAGCUCCCUGACGACAUUCUGGGGAAGAUCCGCAGUGCAGUAGGCAGUGCUCAGCUUCUCAUGUCUCAAAAGUUCCAGCAGUUCAGGGAGCUGUGUGAGGAGAACCUGAACCCGAACGCUCACCCGCGGCCUGUGGCUCAGGAUCUGGCCGGCUUCUGGGACAUGCUGCAGCUCUCCAUCGAGAACAUCAGCCUGAAGUUCGACGAGCUGCACCAGCUCAAGGCCAACAACUGGAGACCUCUCGAGCCCCCUGAGAGAAAGGAGAGGAGAUUGCCUCCCCCUGUGCCAAAGAAACCGGUGAAGUGCCAUCCUCCGCUGGCGCGAGAUCGCUCUCUCGAGAGUUCGGAGAAACAGCGGCAGGAGGCUCGCAAACGCUUAAUGGCAGCCAAGAGAGCUGCGUCCGUGCGCCAGAACUCAGCCACUGAGAGCGCAGACAGCAUCGAGAUCUACAUCCCUGAGGCCCAGACCAGACUCUAAACACCCACACACUAACACACCACGUACAUCUCACACACACUCACACACACACUAUACUGCACUCGCGCACAUUACUACUGAAAGCACAAACACGCCAGCCUGGUCCGAUUCAGAGAGAGGAGCGCCACCACAUAAACACACACGCACACACACACACACACACACACACAAAAACCUCCUACACAUCAUAACAUUGCAUUAGUUAUCAUCACAUGGAUAUUCACUGUUCUAUUUGUUAUCUAUCUGUUAAAAAUAUUUCAUAAUCUUCCAGUAAUAUACAUUUUCUGGAGAGAAAAAGUUCCUCAGUUCCAGUAGUGUGGGCGUGGCCACCCACUGCUCAGUUGUUUUUUAUCGAUGUACGUAAAUGUGGUUUUCAUUUUCUAAUUAUUUCUAUUUAAAAAUUCUUUCCAGAAUACACUUGAAGCCCCCUCCAACACGCUUCAAUCCCGAAUUGCCUUCUAUUCACUAUACACGCUCACUACAUAGGGUUUAACAUAAUAGCAUAGUGCACUAGAUAUGCAGCAGAACUCCGUUUGAGUUUCAGCCACAGAUAUAUGGUGAUAAAAAAAAUAUGCUGCGUUAAUUAAAAUUAAAUCGUCUUGUUUCGAAGCCAUUUUUUACAUAAAACAACACAAAAUUAUUUCAGUAAAAAAGUUCAGUGUUAUCAUUAGAUGUAGGUUUAGCUCCUGAAAGUAGAUCAUGGGUCCUUCUUCAUUCAAAUUGUGUUUUUCUAUAAAUAUUUAAAUAUAUUUAUUCUAAUUAUUGUACACAGUAAAAUUCAUUCUGACAUGAACAAUAUUGAAUCACAGUGUAUCAUAUAAUACUGUAUUGAAUCAGCUCUAAAUCAAAUCAUCAGCUCUUUUAAAUGUUAUACAUCGGAUCAUCGAUUAUAUGUUACACUCAUGCUCACUCAUGCACACACUUCACUAGUAAACACACACACACACACACACACACACACACACACACACACAGUGUCCUGGCGCUGAAUGGAUGGGCGGAGUGUUUGUAUAUAAUCUGUGAUAUACUGUUCCUCUACUGCGACCAGGGAUGCCACAGCAGGUCUCUGGUUUUUUUAUUUUGAAUCUCUUUCCUCUCUGAUUUGUCUCUGAACUCUUCCUCACCGUGUAAAAUAUCUCUCUUCAUCUCUCCGACGUCACACCCAUCUCCUGCUGAAGCCUGGACCACUUCUAAUCUAAUCUAAUCUAAGCCCUUGGACCCUUGGACACUCAUCAUCAUACCCUUCACACUCCACCUUCCUGCCUUGGAAGAGACAAACCUGCUCAUCCUCGGUACGGGUCAAGUCAUGCGUGAGAAAUCAGAUCAGAGGGCAAAGGUCAAGUGAUGACCUCACCUACAGGAAACACUGCAUUGGUUUUUCCCACAAAUGUGAAGGUGUUUAUGGAACGAUCUGGCUAAAGAUGUCUAAACUUUACCCCAAAUGUCAUCAGUCAGACAGUUUCAGUGUCUUUAGUUUUGCACUGGAGCUACGAGGCUACUGUAGCUAACGUUUAAUGACAGUCACCAAGAAUCUUUUCCAUCAAUAAAUACUUAUGUUGAACAACAUUAUUAAGCUUUCUAAGCUCCGCCUUCAAACUUUAAUUUAAGAGGUGGGUCCAAAAGGGCAGAAAGAUACCAAAGGGCUUUUUGAGGACCACACCCAAGUUACUGUGUUGAGCUAGCUAGCUACGUAGUGUUUAGUAAUGUUAAGUUACUGCAGUAAGAGAUUGUUUUUGUAACAGCAGCUGACCAUCAAGCUAGCUAAACAAGUUAGCUUUAUUUAAUACUUUAUUGUAUAGCACUAUUUGCUAAACAAUGGACGUAUUCAGAGUCAACCACAUGCAGUAAGGAUUUAAUACUGAAAUUGCACACAUCAGUAUUCACAUUUCACAUUCUACUCAAGAAAAAUCUGUUAACCUUGGAGGCGUGAACAACACACAGGUGAUUUUAAUUAGCUGCACACCCAGAAAAUUGCCAUAAGGAGGUGUGUAAACAGACUCUGAAUACGAGGAACUUUCCACACAUAUAUAUUGACAUAACUUUUGGAAUUAGGUCACCAACUCUAUUUAAAUUUAGCUAACAUAUUACAGCUGUAACUUAUUUAUUAUCAAGUUCAUGUUAGUUAGCUUGUUUUAGCAAACAGUCUAAAGAGGGAGACAUUUACAAUAAACAUUUUGAGUAAGAGUUACUGUUAUCUACAUUAGCCUCAUGUCUGGUUGCAUUAGCAGUGAGUUAAAUUUUUCGCCAGAUUGUUCCUUUAACACUUGAAAUGAACAGACGGAAACUUCUGGUUCGACUUCCUUCACCUUUCUCUCCAUCAUGUGACUUUAUAUUUCUAUAUUUCCAAUUGCAUUUUUCCUUAAUUGUAAUGUUUGGGUGAAACGCAGCAGCAGGACAGGGUAUGUUGUGUUAAAAAGCAAUAUUUCAUUACCAAUCAGCGUUACACUGAUGAUGUAGAGGCCUACUGCGUGUAAAAGUCGGAUUAUUGCUAAUGAAAGAAGAUGCCUUCACUUUUCUGUAGCCACUUCUGUUUCCUCUACUGUCGCUUGCUAUUGUAAACGCUUCUCAGUGACCCCGCCCCUCUCGAGAAAAUGUGUUCUCUGUUUUAAACCCUGUGACACGUUUAGAAACAUAUCGUUUAGUGCAUAUUAUACAGAUUUACUUCCUUUUUUAUGUAGAAUUCAGAUCUUUUAUGGAUAUAAGCCAAUAGCGGUGCUUAACGUAGCCCCGCCCCCUAAAAAAGAAACUUUAUCAAGUGUUUAAAUGAGAUGAAAACUAUAAAACGCAAACUUUUCAUCAUCAUUCAAGUUAAGUUCGUCCUUCUUAUAGCCUACUACCGUGUUUUUUUAAUGUACACUGUAUUGUCGCCCAUUGGGGGAGUGGCUCUCGGUCAUGUGACUCAGUUUGUCCAAUCCUGCCAGGUGGGCCGGACUUAUCUCAGGACGAAACGUGGACGCAGUGGGCGCAGCAAAAUCAGGGUCUCCCAGUGGUCGUGUUCUGUGUUUAUUGAGUGCGUGUGUGUGAAAGGAUGUGUGAUGUGUGUUUUUUUGCGUGUACGUCUCGAAAAGUGCUUCCUAACUUCGUUUCUGUUCAGAUGAAGUCGAGUAGCCUCCUAAAUCUGUGCACACGACCCUUAUUUUAGUCCGUAGUGUUUGUACAGAAACUUUACGACGACACGCAUGCAGACCUGUUACCAUAGAAACACUGUAUAUCCUAUUUGUACUUUAAUUCUUGUAUUUAUUUAUUUACUUAUUUAUUUACCUUUUUAAUGUAUUUAUUUAUUGUUGAUUUUCUUUUUGUACGGUUUGGGUUCUGUUCAGUGAUCGGUCAUGCUCCCUUCAUUUUGUGAAUAUGUUGUACUGUAUGUAUAGACAUGAUGUGUGCAGGCAGACGACAAACACACAAUAAAUUCUGCAAACUUUUAUUUC